GGAGUGUCAGACCAUUUGAGACAGCUGCUUUGAGCUUUUGAUGAGUGGUUUGUUAAGUGUUCUUAAAAGCAUAGAAGGCAUCCACCUGAGGUAAAUGUCAGGCGCUGAAUGUGAAGAAGAAGUCGACCCAACGGAAGACGAAGAAGAAGAUGAAGAAACGGUGAUAGGGUUAGGAUCUUACAAAGGAAAAGUUCGAAUGGUGAGAGGAGAUCCCUCCGAUGAGAUGAUGUUGCUUUGGGGACUUCAGCAGCCAACGUUCUCUAAACCCAAUGCUUUUGUCGCUCAGUCUUCUCUCAACCUCUCCCUUGAUGCUUGCGGACGUUGUCUCUCCAUUUCUCAGUCCCCUUCUUCACUGGGUGUUCCUGGAGUAACUGGAUCAGUUAUGUGGGACAGUGGAAUUGUUUUAGGGAAAUUUUUGGAGAAUGCAGUGGAAACAGGAUUACUUGUUCUUCAAGGCAAGAAAGUUGUUGAAUUAGGUGCAGGAUGUGGCUUAGUUGGAUGUAUUGCAGCUCUUUUAGGUUCUGAAUUAAUGAGCUUACAUGGGGAGAUCAUGCUGACUCAGCAUUGGUGGAACCUUUUACCUGAUUUUGUGAUAGGAUCAGAUGUGAUCUAUAGUGAAGAAGCAGUAACAGAUUUGUUAGACACCCUACUAGAACUCAGUGGGACCCAAACAACAAUUAUUUUGGCUGGAGAACUUCGAAAUGAUGCUAUCCUUGAAUACUUCAUGGAAGUAGCAAUGGAGGAUUUCAUCAUUGGGCGUGUAGAUCAAGAAGGUUGGCAUCCGGAUUAUAGAAGUCCACGUGUUGCUAUGUAUGUAAUGGUUAAGAAGUCGAUGCCAUAGUGAUGAAUUGUUUUUGAUUCAUAACAUAUAGUGUGUUGUGCUUAUUUUUUUUUUGUUCAUGAAUUUUGUUUUCUUUAAGAGAUUCAAGAAAGCACAUAUGUUGAUCUUUGGUAGUUUGUAGAUUAUCGGGGGCUUUUUAUGCUUGUUUAGACUGUUAUAACAGUUUUCUUUUGAGUAGAAAUUACAAUAGUAAAAUUGUAAUGCGACACAUUUUACAUGACAAUGGAGAAAAAAUGUCGUAU